UAACAAAUUCAAAUCGGAGUCAAACAAUAAACCCUAACAAACCCCUUUUUUAUCUCUCCAACAAAAGUGAUCGAUGGGGAAGAAGCUGAAGAUCGUUCUUCCGCCGGAGCUCCCACCGGAGAUCCCGGACGACGAAGUUGAGGUUUCUGACGAUGACCUUCAAUUCGUCAAGGAGAACCGUGGCUAUGCCUCCUUGCUUUCCAGCUUGGACACUCAAUCAAUUACCAAGCAUGUUUCUCGUGUUGCUGAUGCCAAAGAUGAUGCAUUGGAGAAAUUUCAUGAGAAACGCUUGCGUAAGAUUGCUCUCAAGAAAGAAAAAGAAGAAACGGGUCUGCAGGUUGAUCGUGUAGAUGCUCUUCCAAUCAAGACCUUGGAUGGAAAACUCUAUUACCGGACAGCUACAAAGACAGUAUCAGAAAAUGGUCCAAGUGAAGAGGAAACUGGAGAGGAUGGCAACGCAGACAAUGGUCUAGUGAAGUUAACUAAGGCUGAAAGGAGAGCUAAACUUAAGAAAAUGAAAAAAGAGGGAAAAAAACUGGGAAAAGAGACAGUAAAAGCAGAAGUGGAAGAAACUCCACAAGCAGCAGUACUGGCCGAGGUAAAAGAAGAUCUUACAGCCGAGGAGGCCUUUGAAAAUAAGAAGUGUAAACUUGCAGAGUUGGGAGAUGCGUUACUUACAGACCCAGAGUCCAAUAUUAAGUUUCUGAAGGAGAUUAUACAGAUAUCUAAAGAUAAUGAUCAUACCAUUGUUAAACUUGGACUUCUGUCCCUCUUGGCUGUUUUCAAAGAUAUUGUCCCUGGCUAUCGGAUCAGGCUUCCUACUGAAAAGGAACUAGAAAUGAAGGUUUCAAAGACUGUUAGAAAGAUGCGUUAUUUUGAAUCAACUCUUCUUUCUGCAUACAAGGCGUACCUGCAAAGGCUGAUAGCCUUAGAAAAGCAGUCUUUAUUUCAGCAUUUAGCAGUUCGUUGUAUUUGUACUUUGCUUGAUGCAAAUCCCCAUUUCAACUUUCGUGAAAGCUUGUUGGAUGCUACUGUCAGAAACAUAAGCUCCGCCAAUGAGGCCAUAAGGAUCCGGGUACGGGGAAGACGAUUGGA